UUCAUCAUCUCGAGACAGUUGUAUGAAGAAAAGAUGCAAAAGGAGCUUGAUUCGGACAAGUCUUUUCUGAAUGCAAAGGUCGCGGAUCCUUUGCCGCUGUCGUCCAGGAUGAUUGGGACGGGCAAGAGCACUUUUGCCAGCAAUGUCAACGACGGCAAGAACCGCGUGGGCCCCCACUGCCGCGGCGUCCUCGCCAGCAACUACUUUAUCCAGAAAGACCGGGCGCAGGCAACAUCUUCCCGGGUAGAAGGAGAGAGCAAGCUGCGCUCGCGUCAUGAUCUCCGCGAAAGAAGUAGUGGCGCAAAUACGAAGCCGCAUCGGGAUCAUCCCAAAGCCGGCGAAGCAGCAAAAGGAAUUAUGCUCAGUGGUCACAGAAAUAAUUCCAGUGCAUCGUCCGGCUCGGGUGGAGAUGAAAGAGCUACAGAUAGAACGACAACCGACGCAGCUAAGAACAAGGCCAGCCUUAUUGUGAGCGGCCCGAGGAACGCAUUCGGUCCCAGAAACAAGCGGUCCUGCUCGACAGGAGCCCAGAACCCAGCUACGUCGCGCUCGCGGGCGAGGAGCGCGAAGCGCAUCAAAUUCGAUAUGAAAGUGCAUAAGUCCCCCUCCCCCUCAUUUGUAUUGCAUGAACAGCAAUACAAGCGUCAGCAACAAUACAGGUUUUGCAUGACAAAUUUGGACAGGAGUCCAGUGUCAUUUGGGCUGUGCCAGAACUUGUCAUGCAAAUAGUGCCAAGAGCCAAGGCGCAUUGAAUUAGGCUCUUUGCAUGACAAAUGACGGGGAGGGGGAGUUGUGCACUUUCAAAUUCGAACAGGAAAAUGUAAAAGAGGAUGACACUGCAAAGCGAGUGGUCUUGAAUAUCAAAGUGAAAAAAGCCCCCACCCCAUAGCGGAAACGGAAGAUGCGCGAAUUUGUGAUGCUGUAUUUGAGUACACAAAUCGACUUGUAUUGCUAGAAGGCCAAGAGACGAAGCUGCGGCGUAAAUUGCAGGCAAUCUGUCAUGCUGUUUCCCACUUCCAGUUGCCUCCUGUCAUCCUCGAGCUGCAACACUUUCCCACACUAGACAGCACUACAACCCUCUAGCAUUUUUGCCCUCUAGCAUCACAAAGCUGAUUUGUGCCCACAAAUCUGCAUCACAGAUUUCCGUUUUGAUAUGGGGAGGGGGGAUUUUUCAGUGUGAUAUUGAAGAUGAAUAAAUCGAACCACCUGCAGGAGGGGGCGGACCCGGACGCUGCAAAGGACACGACCUCGGAGGUGGAAAGAAAAACCGCGGUCCGCGCAUCAAUCAAAACUAAUACGGAUCACGACCUCGACGAGACUGUUACCAUUGUUUACGCGAACCAGAAACUAGACGACAACUACGAGAAAGAACUCAUUCAUCAGCACCUCCUCUCCCCGGAGCAACGACGGAAAACCGGCUUUGCGCAAGGCGGUGACAAGGACAUUGCGGCGAAGCUCGAAAUUUUAUUGCAGUCGGAACUCCGCGAGAUUUGGCGACUAUCCUGUGCAAAAGUAUCGCACCCGUAGUAAUCGCAAACAUGGAUUACAAAUCUUUUGCUGAAGGAAAAGGUAAGUCCGCAUUACAAAUUUUAUUUUUUAUGCUGAGGAAAUCCGUAAUGCAUUUAUACGAGUGCGAUACUUUUGCAAUGCAUAGCGACGGAUCAGCGACGAGAGGCGGGAGGCUGCGGUGCGGGCAGAUUGUUUAAAAAUUUACCUAACCCAGACGACCGGAAAACUCGAUCAGAAGGGCAUCAAGGGUAUCAAAUGUAAAAGUGUCUGGGUCUGGAAGAAUGCAACUUGUCAUGCUAAAUCUGGAGCAUGCAAAAAUCUGUGUUGCAUGAUUACCAAAAGUCGUCCAGUUUUGACCAAGUCGGGAGGGAGUUUCUCAUGCAGGAUAGGCAUCAGAGAGAUCCCACAGAGUCUGUCAUGCUAGGUCCUGCAUUCCAGACCUCAUGGGCCAUGGAAAAGCUGCAUGACAAAUCGCUCAUUCUUCCAGACCCAGACGUUUUUGCAAUGCAUCAAGGGCCUAGCGCUCGGGAUCCGGGAGUGCUUUCGUAGGGAACACAACACGCUGCCGAUGUUAUUAAUCCGGCGCACAACCCAACAGCAAGAACCGCCGCGGUCCAGGUCGUCCCGGGGGCGGUCGUCCUCAGCCCGGCGUGCGAUGAAUAAAGGACCCGCUGUAUUUUUGAGUAGUACGACCCCUGCGGUAACACAGGGCAGCUCAGUACUAGUCGAUACUAUCAAGAUAUCCCACGAAAAAACUGUUUCACUGUGCUGAUUUUGCAAAAUCUGCAUCACAAGUUUGUUACGCAUGACACUGAAAAUCUGUCAUGCGGGGUUCCCAAGGGAAUACACAGCUAGAAAUCAACUGUCUUGCAUGUGUAGCAUGACACACACGUCUGCGAUCCAUUUUCUGCAUCACAAGUUCACAGUGAAACAGUUUAUUCUUGCGAUACAAGAAGACUGCAGAUGGACGAGGAUCUUCAGGUAGAUCGUCACCUGCUGCUUGCUCCGUCCCCCCGUAUGCAUUGCAAAAAUGUCUGGGUCGGGAAAGAUGCAAGGUUUGUCAUGCUUGUCUGGCAUGACUGAAAAGUCUGUGAUGCGUGUCCAAGAAGAGACCCAUUUGCUUGUCAUGCAAAGACGCAGUUUGUCAUGCGGAAAACGCAACACUGUAGCCCCGCAAAUAUUUCUCAUGCUUGGCUGUGCAUUACAGAGCACUUACUAUUCACAACUCAGCAUUACAAGUUUCCAGACCUAGACAUAUUUGCAUUUGAUACCCCUAUCAAGAAGACUGCAGCUGGAUCGUCCCCUGCUGCUUGCUCCGUCCCCCCGCGGCCAAAAACGACGUCGAAAGGUGGAGUGAACAGACCUUCAACCAGCAAUACCACCUCCGUCGCCGUUGCGAAAAAAGGCGAAGAUGACAACGGGUCGUCGUCACGCGGCUACGUCUUGUUGCAGGAGCCCGGCGUCGUGCAGAAGAUCCACUGCGCGUCGUCGGCGACCGGCCUGCCUAGUGACUAUCGAAAGGAAAAAUCCCCCCUCCCCAUAUCAAAACGGGAUACUUCUGAAAAUUUGUGAUGCCGAUUUGAGACCUCAAAUCGUCUCUGUAUUGCAAGAAGGCAAACCCAAAAACCCCGCCGCGUUCUGCAGGCAAUUGGUAAUGCUGUAUGUCCUAAGGAGGACGCGCCUGCCUUGCUAGGGGCCUACACCAAAUGGCCUCUACUCGGGCUUUGCAUCUACCUGCAGUCUUCUACUGCAAGACAAAGGCGAUUUGGGUACACAAAUCCCGCAUCACAGAUUUCCAUUUCGAUAUGGGGAGGGGGGAUUUUUCCUUUCGAUAGCGACCCGCGGCUGUUUGGUACAACAACAGCUGAUAUGACGAGCAAGAAAUAUCAAAUGUAAAAAUGUCUGGGUCUGGGAACUUGUGAUGCUGGGUAGCGUCUCAUGAUGAGGCUACAAAUGCUGGGUCAGCAUGACAAGUUUCUGAGCUCCUAGCUGUUGCCUAUUCUGCAUGACAAACUGCGCUUCUGCAUCACAGAAAAACGGAGCUCUUGGGUAACGUGCAUGACAGAUUUAAGAGUCAUGCCAGACAAGCAUGACAAACAUAUAUUCUUCCAGACCCAGACAUUUUUGCACUUGAUAAGAAAAAUCCUACGGCUACUUCUUGCGUCGAUUAUUUCACCGAAGAAAGUAGAUUCUCUUUCCCUGGUAGUAGUUCUUCUCUGUCACUACAAGAGCCGGAAGACCGAGCAGCCAACCACCUGCGGAAACGCACCACGCCGCUGCCCCCGGAAAAGCGGCACAAUGUGCUGUCGUGUUAUCCCCUGCAAGAUGAAAAGCAUCGCAGUCGUACUGGUAGUGUGGUAGCUAGUAGUCGCGGCCACGCAUGACAGAUUUAUCGUUUUGCUAUUGCCUGAUACUGAUCUUCUACCUAGCACGUUGACAAACUGCGUUUUUGUUCGUGAAGUAAAAAUUUGUAUUGCAAUUCGACUCCGAACCGCCGGAGUAAUAUUAAUGCUAUGCUGGCUGUUUUGUAGUACUCAUUCGACGACAAUUUUGAUUUUGCAAUGCAUACAUUUCCUCCGAAGUCAAUUUUGAAGAAACCAACAGCGCCAACGAUCCCGCAGUGGACGACGAGUACCGCCAGCGCAGAGGCAUAUCACAUGCAAAUAUGUCUGGGUCUGGAAGAAUGCAAGUUUGUCAUGCUUGGUCGACAAUAGAGAAAAGUCUGUCAUGCUCCGUGCGCUACAGUGCCACUUGUUUGCCAUGCAAAAAGGCAAUUUUGCCAUGCGGUUGACGCUAGAUAGAGUCGCUCAGAAACUUGUCAUGCGCUGCUUCGCAAUACAGUGUGCGUAUGAUUCGGACACUCGCAUGACAACCCAGAUAUAUUUGCAAUGCAUAAGGCAACAGGAGUAACUGCAAAGCAAACCCCCCUCGGCAUGAAAAACUACGUGCCGGAAGAACUACGAGGAACGCGCUCGGUACUACUAGAUCAGGAAGUGCAUAGCGCUGACAGGAGCUGCUCCUGCAGCGCCAUGACCCGAAGAAACGGGCCUCAAGACGUCGGAGAUGGAGGAGACGCUUUUUUGAAUAACGCUUGCACAGCACGACGACGAACAAGUGAGACAGGACAACUUCUCACGUCGGCAGAUGUUGCACGUGCACAUACAACAAACUAUAAUGGACGCUGCGCGGCCGCGGGAGUAUCAUCAACAAGCGAUCGAACGCCAGCAUUCGUGAAGGUGGACGUGCAAGAAAAGGUGGAUGAGGCCCCGGCCUUUCAACCACCACGAUCAUCUUCUUCACGCCCGGAAGAAGUUGCAGAGCGUGGUCCACUGUCCUUUAUUCCGAGAGUCGAUUUCUCAUCCAUUUUGACCCGUCUCCCGGAAUCUGUUAUCAUGAAAAGUGCUAAAAGCGGAGGAAGCAGGAGUAGUCUUCCCGGCUGUAGUCUGAAAGAGGAGGAAGCCGGUGGCAGUGCUGCAACGCGAGAAGCAAAGAGCUUCGAGCAAACGCGUUCAGCUUGUGCUGGCGCCAUAGAGGAGCAGGACACGACCACGAGGACAAUAUUAACCGGAGCUGGGUUGUCCUCGCUACGCCUUCACGACCCGCCGUCUGAAUAUCAACUGCAAAAAUGUCUGGGUCUGGAAACUUGUAAUGCUGCGUUGGGAAUAGUGAAUGCUCUGUAAUGCACAAGCGAGCAUGAGAAAUAUCUGCGCUUCUCUGCGUUGCGUUUUUCGCAUGACAAACUGCGUUUUUGCAUGACAGGCAGAAGGGUCUCUUCUUGGACACGCAUCACAAACUUUUUGGUCAUGCCGGACAGGCAUGACAAAUCUCAGACAUAUUUGCAUUUCAUACUGAAGACAAGUCUACAACUCCGAGCCCCGUCGAAGACGAGGAUAUGGAGAUGGAGUUCUCAAACGUUACAUUCUCAACUGUUACAGGAAUUUGUCAUGCAAAACUACCGUAAGCCGCAAGAAGAGCAAGCUGCUUCGCAUGACAAAUCUUCGGAGGCCUAAACAGCAUCUAAAUCUGUGCCAAGUCUGUGAUGCGAAAGCAGCAAGCUUGCCCCUUUGACGGUUGCGGUUCUUGUGAAGCUGUACAAACGGGUACCCCUGACGGUACGGGCCCUCUUAUACAAAAUAUGUUCAUGAGUAAACAGGAAAAGUGUACAAAAAAGGCACGAAAUUGUAGAAAAGAGAAGACGGACGGGGCUGUGCAACGGGGCACCUCCGAACACGGAUUUGUAUAGGAAACAGCGAAAAGAGAGACGUAGUCAGAGAUGGAAAGUGGAAAAGCAUGUCGGCUGAGCAGCCGCGCACCAGCGCGCGCGCGCGCGACUUGAUGUUGUGAGUGGGAACACGGGCGCUGCAGUGCAUGCCGGGGCAGGGAGGGCAGCAUAGUUUUACGAGGGGCAGACUUAUUGAUGUAGGCAAGCGAAGUGCUUGGCUAUGGCGGCGCCGUGCUCACGAAGGCCUGUAGAUCUAUUGACGACGGGCGCGGUGGCAGCGCGCGCCGUUUACAUAGUUGUCAUGCAGAGUUGGGCCCUGUACAAAACGGACCGACCUGUUGAUCACGGGGCCUCCGGAGAUUCCCGUCGGGCCUGUGUAUUUGGUAACCCUGUACGGUGCGAACGGGUACCUUUGGCGGCACAUACGUUUGUAUAAAAAAUGCAGAUUUCGGCUGUUUUCCAAUAGCAUAAUUUGUUUGCAGGUGCCUGUUUGUACUGGGGGCCCCGUACAGUACGGGGGCUCCGUCCCCACUGUGACACUUGCAUUACAAAUUCAUGUAAAAGCUGAGAAUGUAACGUUUGAGAGUCCCAUAGAGGAGCAAAAGCGGCUGGACGAGCUGUACGCCGUGGCGUAUGCGGAGAUGUUCGGAAACACCAACUUAUGAGAGUGCACAAGAACCCCCCCUCCCCCUCAUUUGUCAUGCCAAAUUCCCAAGGCUAUUGCUGCGCUGUGGGACUGUUUGCAUGACAAAUUCCGGAAGCCCAAAGAACAGUCCUACACUAGGCACAUGACUUUGUCAUGCACAGGCUCCAUGUGCGGUGGUGUUUGUAUUGCUGUCCAUGCAAAAAUACAAAUGAGGGGGAGGGGAAGUUGUGCACCCCCAUACGGCUUUUGGCAAGAGCAGAAACCCGCGGAAAGAACGGGGAAGGAAGCGGAACGCGAACACAACGACGAAAUCAUAAGAACAUCGGGUGGUUAUCAAAUGUAAAAAUGUCUGGGUCUGGAAGGUUGCAAGACUUGCCAUGCAGGUUUUCCAUGACGCGCGAGGUCUGUCAUACACGACCGAGCAUGACAGAUUCUGUGCGACCUCUAUCAUGCCUAUCCUGCAUGAGAAACUGCCUCUCGAUUAGGUCAAAAGUGGAAAGCUUUUGGCACUCAUGCAACACAGAUUUUUGCAUGAUUCGGAUUUAGCAUGACAAGUUGCAAUCUUCCAGACCCAGACAGUUUUGCAAUGCAUAGUGGUGGUCCAACUACUAUUGGAAAAUUUUUUUCAAGCGCCAGGACCGCCGUCGAGGACGGCAGCAAGAACAAAACUGCCCGAGAAGAUAUCAAAAGAAAAAAGUUCGUCACGAUCACUCACGGGCAUUUUUGCAAGACAAAAUUGUCUGUCAUGCGUAAAAAUGCAUCACAGCCUCACUUCAUAAGGGAUUUCCCUAGUGUUUCUGCAAUACAAGGAGAGGUUGUGAUGCAAAAAAAAUUUGUAAUGCAAAACCUGCAACUUAGUGACUGUGACAAACUUUUUUCUCUCCAUAGAAGAUGAUCAUCAUCUAUGCAUUGCAAAUAUCGAUCUGAGUCUGAAACUGAAUCUGGAAGCAUUCAAGUGGUUUGUCAUGCUUCUCUGCCAUCGGACAAAAAGAUGGUUCUAUCUGUAGUGACGCAAAAGCGCAAGAAACUGCAAUUAUGCGGAAUACGCAACACAAAGCAGCUCAAAAACUUCUCAUGCUUGUUGGCCAC